ACCGGAGGAAGUGUGCCAUCCGAGCCGUUGACAAAUGUGACAACAUCGCCCCGAAGAAAAGUGCAGAAAUUGUCGGGCGAUGACAGUGGAUCGAUGGAAACAAAUGAUUAUGAGAAUGGGAACAGUGGAAUUUUGUUUGAAAAUGAUACAAAAGCUGUUAUAUGGGGCCAGCAGAUCAAAGCUGUUCAGGGAAUGCUUGACUUUGACUUCGUUUGUGGUCGCAAGGAACCCUCGGUGGUUGCGUCAACUUAUCCAUUCACGGGUGAUCACAAGCAAAAGUUUUAUUUUGGACAUAAGUUUAGUGCUAUUUUCGAAAUUUUAAUCCCAGCAUAUAAAAUGAUGAAAGAUGCGUUCAAUGCGCAUCCAGAUGCUUCGGUAUUAAUCAGUUUUGCAUCGCUACGAUCUGUUUUUGAGACUGUGCGAGAAGCUCUGGAAUAUUCGCAAAUUCGAGUUAUUGCUAUCAUUGCUGAAGGGGUGCCAGAAAAUCAGACCAGACGAUUGAUUAAG